AUGCUUGUGCGCCCCUGGUGGCACCUGCCGUUGUCCGAGCUGGCUCUGUCCUUCACGCUCGCAUCCAGGUGUGGGGAGGGUCUGGGGGCGAAAUUCCAGCUGCACGUAUCAGAGCUCAGGCUGCCCCUCCCUGGGAGCGGCCAGUGCUUCGGGGUGGAGGUGGUGCUGGCCUGCCCCGGUAGGACCCUGGCUCACGCUGUCUCCCUCCGCAGCGGGCUGACGCACGAGGCCCACCGGAAGGAGGUGGAGCAGGUGUACCUGCGCUGCUCCACAGGCGCCGUGGAGUGGAUGUACCCGACUGGGGCUCUCAGCGUCAACCUUCGGCCCAACAUCUUCUCGCCCUCCCGACACCUGACUCUGUGCAUCAAGCCCCUCAGAGACUCCUCCGGGGCCAAUAUUUAUUUGGAAAAAACUGGAGCGCUGAAACUGCUGUUCCGGGAUGGGGACCGUGGGCCCGGCCAGGUGCGCUGCUUCAGCUUCGAGCAGGGUGGCCUGUUCGUGGAGGCAACGCCCCAGCAGGACAUCAGCAGGAGGACUACCGGCUUCCAGUAUGAGCUGAGCAGCCGGCGUGCUGGGUCGGACCUGCAUGCUCUGUCAGCCCCAUGCCGUCCCUGCAGCGACACGGAGGUGCUCUUGGCAGUCUGCACCAGUGACUUUGUGGUCCGAGGCACCAUCCAGAAUGUCACCCACGAACCCGAGCGGCAGGAGUCGGCCAUCCACCUGCACGUGAGCCGGCUCUACCGGCAGAAGAGCAAGGUGUUCCAGCCUGUGCCUGGGGGUGGCUGGCGGGGGCGCAUCGCCACCCUGCUUGAGUGCGGCGUGAGGCCCGGGCAUGGCGAGUUUCUCUUCACCGGACACAUGCACUUUGGGGAGGCUCGGUUGGGCUGCGCCCCGCGCCUUGAGGACUUCCAAAGGAUGUACAGGGACGCAGAGGAGAGGGGGCUGAACCCCUGCGAGAUGGGUGUGGAGUGACUGCAGGGUGACCGAAUCUAGGGUGGAUGCCCGGUGCUCACGCAGAGUCUGACGCACAAGGUUUUGGCCGAGGAGUCCCUGACCGAUUGAUUGGAAAUGCUGUAAAAUGCAAACUAAGUUAUUAUAUUUUUUUUUAAAAAAGAAAUGUCCAUAGGCAACAAACCCCUUUGCCUUUGUGUGCCAUUUCAAGCCAGUUUUCAAAAACACCUGAAGUCAUUGCCAUUGCCUGGUGUUUGGGGGAAGUGCUGGCCCUAGCCCAGGCGAACCCGAACCCCAGGCUUUGUGCAAAGCUUGGGCACCAUUCAAAGUUGUUUCUUACCAUGGAGAUUUAUGGAGCCAAAUACUUGUUUUAUUUUUCAUUUUGUUUUUGCUUUUUAAAGAAUGUGCUUUGCCAGUUGUGCUCA